ACUACACACGUGUGCUGCCCUCUGGCCGGUCUUCGGAAAGCCUCUGUUACAGUUACUGAACAAAGUCGUUAAUCGAUUAUACAAGCUUGUGUUUCUUGGACGGAGGAAGAAAGUGGGUGGAGCAAUACGUUCACGAUCACAUACCCCCCCCCCCCCCCCCGCCACACAACACGCACAUAAUGUUCUGCUAUUGACGUCAGGUCGCGGAGGCUUGGUCACCGGCGGACAGGUGCGUGAGUCGUCGGCGUGAGGGAGGGGAGGCGAGAGGCGACAGUAGCGGCGGCGACAGGUAAAUGAAGCACGUUGGUUCGGUUUGUUCCUCCUUUGUUUCCUCGCCGACGAGGUGAAAGCGUUACUUUGCCUUUCCCUCAGCUUUCUCUACGUUGACUUUCAAGUUUAUCUGGAAAAUUGUGUGAAGGAACAUAACGCUGAUGAUAUGUGAGUUCUUACUGAAAGCAAGUGUGGGGCCUGCAGGUUUGUGUCUGCCCGGCGGAAUGUGCAGCUCACCACGUCCGGGGCGCGGCGCGGCGGCAGGGAGCCCGACACUGCUCGGCGUGGUGCUGGUGGCGGCGACGGUGAUCCUUUGGCCAGCUCUUGCCACCGACCCCACACGUAAGUGUUGUCCCAUGAACUGUUGCCCCCACCCCCACACAUGCACGCAGCCCCUGACGCCCCGUGUCCCCCCAGAGUGGGCCGUGUUCGAGCUGGCGGCAGGCGGCGGCAACGGGGACACCGAAACCCGCCUCACCGUGUCCCUCAAGGAGAGUCUGGCCCCCGCCGCCCCCGCCCCCCUCGCCUCCUUCACGCUGUGCGUCUGGUACUACGCCACGGGCUUCCUCGACGCCAGCACGCUGCUCAGCUACGCAACUUCAGACAGCUUGGACGACGUCAUUCGUCUUCGACCCAAUCCAGACGACGUCACCGUGACGUAUAUGCAGGCCAUCACCAGCCUGCCGGAGUUCGGGCCGCUGGUGGUACCCGAGAGGUGGCAGUCACUCUGCUUCCUCGGGGACCCCGACGGCUGGACGCUGUGGCUGGAGCAGAACGUGACGAGGCACGAGACAACCUUGGCGCCGCUGGCCGUCGAUGGCAUCAUGGUGAUGGGGCAGGAGCAGGACGUCGUGGACGGGGGCUACACCAAAGACCAGUCCUUUGAAGGCAAACUGACGGGCCUCACCCUUUGGCCAGAGUCACUGUCGCCCGCACAACUCCGGGCCUGGACCUCCUGCAGCCUGCCGGAGGUGACGCCGCUCCUCGCUUGGAACGACAUCGAGUGGACGGUGCACAACGAGUCGGGGGAGGUCACGCUAGGAAGGCACGGGCCGUGCAGCGAGGGUGGCAUCAGCACCAGAAAGUUUUUGUUGUUUACUUCAAAACUGUCACCGACAGAAGCUGAAGUAUUUCUGGAUAUCAUCGGCUUUGAUCUGGUCGUCCCUCAAAACACUAAGGAGAUAGAGAUGUUGUCAGAACUUGUGGAGGAGAACCGGCGCCACUGCCCCAUGAUCGUGAAGGACGGGCACGGCGCCUGGGUGGGCCUCCUCUACAACAGUCAGUCUGACGAAGGGACGGACUUGGCGGGCCGCGAGCUGGACGGCCUGGACUUCAAGAAGAGGGUGCAAAACAUUAGCCCAAACAGGAACAUCGUUCAGAGCACCGGAGGAGAAUGGUUCUUGUUGAAGGGAUCCCUAAAAAUAUGCUUCCUGGGGACGCCCCGCGGGCGAGUGGUGUUUCGCCUCCGCGGCCUCCCGGCGGAGCUCACUGAGGAAGUCUCGCCACUCACUUUCUCCUUCGUGCUGGCGCGCCAUGAAGGCCAUGGCGUCUACUUCCACGGGUUCAAGAGACUCCAUAUCCUGAAGGAGGCAAACUCCUCCCGCUGGUGCAUGAACAAUGUAUCCCUGCAGUUACUGCACCAGCGUCCGUGCGUGACGCUGGACAGGCUGCCCGUGGGGCGUCACGAAUGGGAGGCGAUCGGAAAAGAACAGCAACAACAACAACGUCCAGGGGAGGGCGGCCUCAAGCUGUCCCUCAGCACCUGUGCAGACCACCAGUACACCUGCUCCGACGCCACCUGCAUCGACCUGGCCAAGGUGUGUGACUUCGAGUUCGACUGCUCGGACCAGUCUGACGAAAAGCGAUGCACGACGGCGCUGCUGCCGCUCGGGUACCUGGACUCGUACCCCCCGUCGCUGCCGCUGCCCGUGCUGGCCCGCGUUGCCGUCAAGCGUAUCAUCAACUUUGACCUGCUCAGCAUGACGUUCCAGGUCAACCUCGACCUCCACCUGUCCUGGCGGGACUUUUGGAUCACUUUCUCCAAUUUGGGAGAGGAAUACAAGAAAGUGACGACGGACACGAACCAACAGGUCUGGCGGCCGGAGGUCAACGUGCAGAACAGCCCCACGCAGCCCUACACGGUGUCCGAACUCUCGGUGAAGAGGCACGGCCGCGGGCGACCCACGGAGCGAGGUGAGGGGCCGAGAGGGCGUGGCAUCACGGCCGCCCGCCCUCCCGGGUUUACUUGGAAAAAGUAUCAUUUCUCUUUACUAUACAUGUUCGCUAGUUCUUCAUUUUCUGAAACUGCUCUAAUCAAACUUUGGCUUCGUCUUCCAACCUUGAGUUUCCCCGAUAGCCCAAUGCACCUUGAGCCGCCUCAGAAAGACCGGCGUGAGCACGGCUGACUCAGCUGCCACGAGUCCCUUGUUUCAGGCUACAUCUUCCCGGGCGCCGAGAACCCGCUGCUGGAGACCAAGACGAUCAAGGCCACCGUGAACUGCGACUUCCGGCUUCGUUGGUACCCGUGGGACGACCAGCUCUGCUUCCUGACGCUCGUGGUCUGCAACGAACUUAUAUUUUGAGUUAUUGUUUUCCAGUGUCUGAGUUGUGCCUGUCUGACUCUUCAAGGGGAAAUAGGCAUCGAUAUCAUAGUUAGAAGGAAUGAUUCUAAAAGUCCAAUAUUUGCCCAGUUUUUGCAAAGCUCCAUU